CACGCACACACACACACACGAACACAGACUCGAUGUUCAAGACAAUCAAGAGAAGUCGCUCCAUACAGCUACCGUACCGGUAGUAGUCUCGGAUUGAAAGGAACAGCACACUCAUUAUUCUAUAAAGUCCGACCUCGCAGCUUGUAAGCUUCCUCCUCAAGCACAUCUUGAAAAGAAGAAGCCCGCCGUCUCGAAGGUCUGUCAAAAUGCAGGCGGUGGGGAAUUCUGGCGCUCUGAGCAGGCUCGUCCGCUUUCCUGCGACGCUCGUCGCGGCGCAACGGGUGCUUACAGGAGCAGACGGGGGACGUUCCUGCAUUGCGUCCUACCAUGGUCAUAUCAGAAACCCUGUGCCUCUCGGUUUAGCUUUGGAGAAGGUCCAGCUCUGGGCCGACGCCAGAUGUUCCCCUUUGAACCCACACACUAACCCUGCCCUUAACCACGCCUUCUUCUCAACCUUCUCUGGCAAAACCUCUAGGAAGAAGUCGUUUGCACCAGGCGGUGUCAGAGCGGCUGUCUCGUCGCGCCCUAAACCCUCUUCUAGACCAAGUUCCAAACCGUCUUCCAAACCCAAUUUCAAGCCUGCCGGUCAAGCGGGCCCCCGACCAAACCCAAGAGACAAGGAUGAUGCCUUGACACCAAAGCGGGAGCCAGCGCCUUGGUUGAUAGCUCGGGAAGAUGUCAAGCGUCAAGCGAGCUCCGAUAAAAAGGCCAGGAAACAAGAAGCAGAAGUGGACAUCUUUGGAGUUCCUUUGGGGGAAAGAGGACCGCGAGAAGACGGGAUGAAAGUUGGGGAUUAUGAGCCGCAUGCCUUGAAGCUGAGAUCAGCAGAGUUUAUCAUAAGCAGCACGGACGUGUCCAAGUGUCCUGAUACGGACAAGCCCGAGUUUGCGGUGGUUGGACGGUCCAAUGUGGGGAAGUCGUCGCUGAUCAACAUGGUCACAAAUAGAAAGAGCUUGGCAAUGACGUCGAAGAAACCAGGCAAGACGCAAACAAUCAACCACUUCUUGAUCAACGACGAUUGGUACCUGGUCGAUCUUCCGGGUUAUGGGUAUGCGGCCGCUCCCGGGAAGGCCCGCUCCGCCUGGAACGAGUUCACCAAGGACUACUUUUUAAACCGGAAGCAGUUGGUCACCGUUCUGCUCCUGAUCGACGCCAGCAUCGCCCCUCAGGAGAUCGACCUCGAGUGUGCGGAGUGGCUUGGUGAAAAUCAGGUUCCUGUGUCUCUCGUCUUCACCAAGUGCGACAAGCGGAAGAAGACAAAGGCGGGGGGGAAGCAUCCGACGGAAAACAUCGCCGACUUUGAGAGCAUGCUAAAGGAAACGUGGGACGAGCUGCCUCCCAAAAUCCUCACGAGCUCCGUCACGGGGACGGGCCGGCACGAGCUGCUUUCGCACCUGUCGCAAUUGAGAAGUUUCUGGAAAGAUAGAGAUUGAGAAACAGGUUGGAGGGCAGACGUGCCUCCUCUAAAUCUGGUGGAGCAGAAACGAAGACCUAAUUUACAAUCUGUAUGAUCUUCAGUCAGUUCCGGCCUUGCGUUAAGCAGAAAGUCUUCUCUGAUGAUCAAGUUGUGCGAAUUGAGAAGCACAUGUUGUCAUGCGAAAGCGUAUUCGG